AAUGAAAAUCUCGACCACUCCUUGAUGUCUGCAAUUUCUGCAUCGCGACCCUUGUUAUAUUACCAUGUUUUACCCAUAAAAUCCCCCCAAAAUCCGGCUGUGGCCAUUCACACAUGUGUCUUGUCACUCGGUGAGACAUGCUACAUGGAGUUUUUGGAUCGAAAAGAGGUAAGUACGCAAUAAUAUCUAGUUAGAGUCAUGGCGUCUUUAAUUAUGCUCUCCCAUGCUCUCACCUCCAGUUAGAGUUAUGCUGUUCAAAAAAAAAUGUUUUUUUAAUGCCCUCUUUUUCAAAAUUUUUCUUCCCCCAGAAAAUCAAUAUUUUAAGCUUUCCAAUGAUGUAUCACACAUGCGUAUCGGACAAUUUUGAAAUUUCGCCAUAUUGGGGAUCUCAGAGCGGAACUUCAAGUCACCUGACCUGAGUGUUUUCCGCCAUAUAUAUAAUGGUUUCACAGUGCAAGUAGAGUAAUCAAACGAACCAAGAAAGUGUUCCUUUGAUUGGUGUGUUUCAAUGGGGGUGUAGUAGUCUAAUCUCAUCUAAUCUGAUCUAAUCGAAGUGGUGAAAUUGAGUUUGCCCAAAAAGAAACUGGACUUGAUGUAUCAUAAAAAAAAUGUCACAGAUUAAAUAUAAAUUCGAGUUCAUUAGCUGGUCAACUCACGUCUGUAUAUAUUUUCCUCUCCAUCUAUUGCUUUCUUGUUGUUGGGGGGCAUCGACCUGAAUCAUUUUUAUUUUCCCCCCUUUCCCUCUGAUGCAAUGACGUCAGUGCACGGCGUCAAACAGUCGGCAGCGUAGAUUUCCAAGGCUGCACGCGCUCCCUCGCCAAUUAUUGUCUGUCAGUCAUGCUAGGAGGAGGACAAUACACACGUACACGACACUCAACGAUGUGAGGCACAACGUGGCUAAACUAAAUCAAUAUUUUUAUUUUGUGUGCAAUACAGUAUUCUAGCUGCGUUUUCCAAGCAAUUUUCAAAAUUUAAAAAUGUAUGACAAUGAUAUUAAUAAUAAUAGUAACAAUUAACAACCCUUUUUAUCACUCUUGAAUCUAGGAAAAAGAUUCCACAUCACUCUUUUAUGGAGUUGAAUAGCCAUUAAUAGAUGCAUCAACUCAUACCAGAGCUCUUAAUAAUCAAGCACACAAUUGGAGAUAAUCUAAAAUACCUUGAAGAGUGUAGUGAGGAAGCACCGCCUCCUGUCCUCUAAAUGAUGUUUCAUUGGCUGAGAAGAAACCUUGACCGGUGACUCCGCCCAUGGCUUGGCAAUGGUGGGGGCUUGCUGUCAGGCAGGCAGGCGCAGUUACGUGUUGCUUCAAAUCCCAGUGGACUGACGGAGUCUUCUCUUGACAAACACCAAACUCGAACUCGCAAAGCAGAACUGCACAGAGACGCAGCACUUGAAGGACAACGAUGAAAAGACUACAAAGUUUUUUCAUGUUUGGACUCCGCGUACAAGAGAGGAAUUGAAUGAUAUUAGUGCUUCAUUGCAAAUGGCCAAUUGUGAAGCUCUCAUGAGGAGAAGAGAGUAGGGCUCAUUAUACUCACAAUCUUGAGUGUUUUCCUUCCUUGGAUUUAUUUGGCUAGCCAAUAAAAAAAAUCGUAACACGCGAACUCCAGAGACGCACGUAGAAGAUGGAUGUGGCGGCUGAUCAGCCCCGCUGGAUGCACCCUCACGCGGUGCUGAACGGCCAGCACCCGGACUCGCACCAUCCUAGCCUGGGCCACAACUACAUGGAGCCUUCGACUCAACUGCUGCCCCCGGACGAGGUAGAUGUCUUCUUUAACCACCUGGACUCUCAGGGAAACCCGUACUACCACAACCCUGCAAGGACCAGAGUGCCCUACAGCCCGGCGCACGCUCGCUUAACGGGGACACAGGUGUGCCGGCCUCAUCUUCUCCACAGCCCCGGGAUCUCAUGGCUGGACGGUAGCAAAGCGGCUCUUUCGGCCCACCAUCACCACAACCCGUGGGCCGUGAGUCCCUUCAGCAAGCCGAGCCUGCACCACCCGGGUUCGGCAUCCCCCGGAGGCCUGUCGGCGGUCUACCCGUGCAGCAGCACGUCGAACACGGCCUCCGCAACCUCGCUCACGCCGCCGUCCCACUCCAGCCCGCACCUGUACACUUUCCCCCCGACUCCACCGAAGGACGUCUCGCCUGACCCGGGGACAGCCUCGCCGAGAAUGGACGAAAAGGAAUGUAUUAAAUACCACGUUUCCUUCUCGGAGGGGAUGAAGAUGGAGGGUUCGAGCCCGAUGAGAAGCAGCCUGGCCCCCAUGGGUGCUCAGAGCGCCUCUACGCAUCACCCCAUACCGACUUAUCCCACAUAUUCGCUGCCUGCGCACGAGUACGGCGGUAGUCUAUUUCCCCACGGCAGCCUCCUGGGGGCUUCGACCGGCUUCAGUACCAAGAGCAAAGGAAAGACUCGGUCGUGCACCGAGGGCCGAGAAUGUGUUAACUGCGGCGCCACAUCCACACCUCUGUGGAGACGGGACAGUACAGGGCACUACCUGUGCAAUGCCUGCGGGCUGUACCACAAGAUGAACGGCCAGAACCGACCACUCAUCAAGCCCAAACGCAGACUGUCAGCAGCCAGACGAGCUGGCACCUGUUGCGCUAACUGUCAGACGACCACCACAACGCUGUGGCGGCGCAACGCUAAUGGAGAUCCAGUGUGCAACGCCUGCGGCCUCUAUUACAAGCUGCAUAAUGUGAACCGACCCCUGACCAUGAAAAAAGAGGGAAUACAGACACGAAACAGAAAAAUGUCCAGCAAAUCCAAAAAGAUCAAGCGAGGAAGUGAGAGCUAUGAGGAGUUUACCAAAAGUCUUCAUGACAAGAACUCUACCUUCAGCUCCUUGGCAGGUCACAUGUCCAUGGGCCACUUACCACCUUUCAGCCAUGCCGGACACAUGCUGCCCACUCCCACACCGAUACACCCGUCCUUUGGUCACCCGCACCACUCCAAUAUGGUGACGGCCAUGGGCUGAGUGGGGUCACUCUGAACGACACUAUGUAAAGACAUUUUAAGGUCUUACGAUUGAUUAUGCAAACGGUAUGUUGGACAAAAUCAGGCCAUGCGAUAGGUACCUUACUAGGGGGACAGAUGUACUUCCUGUUGCCCCAACACAGAGACUUACCCAAACACAACACACAAUAAUACAACUAUGUCAUUGUUCCUAAUGGUUUUAACAUAGACAACAUCACUUCACUAUGAUUAAGCUUGUGCCGAUAUGUUUAUAGUAACUGUGAAUACUGUAAAGAAGAAGGCAAUGACACUUUUUCCUUCAUUACAUCAAAUACAAAUAUGCUGGAAUUGUUUUUUCCCUAACAGAAAAUAACAACAACAACAAAAACAAGCAAACAAAUGAAAAAAAAAAGCUUUAUGAUUUAUAAUUUGACACUGUUAAUUGUAAUUAAUGUUAUUAUAAUUAUUGUUAUUCAGAUAAUUUAUUUUCACUGCUUUGGUCCUUGAUAAUACUAUGGAUACUGUUGUCCCUUAUAACUAUAUUUUUAGCUAAAGCGCUUUCUUCUGACUUGGUCAUCAUUUAUACUCAUAUGAAAUAAAGUGAUCAACUUCAAA